AACGUCGAGCGACGGACAAUUAACGAUAAAGUGACGAGGAAGUUUUUUUCAAUCUCUUGUUGCCUGGGGCAUGGUCGUAGGUGUGACGGCCGGGCGAUGACGUACCAUCACCGUCCGCCGCCAUUGCCACGAGUCCCUCAGGACUCACCCGAUAUCCUUAUCCCUAUCCUGGCCCAAUUCCCUGACCCUAUCCUGCAACCGCGCCUAAUACGUCCCUGGCCGCGGAAACGCGUAGCCCGAAAUCAACCAAAUUUAUUGAGGAGGCAUGAGAGAUCAUUCUCGUCAUCGGGAUCAUCUUGGACAAGCGAUGCCCCUCGAAGAGAUCCAGGGAUUGCUUCCACAAACUUCCAGGGCAGGUAACAGGGGUCUGAACGUAACAAUAGUUCAUGUGGGAGGAGAGAAUGGUAGUGGCGGAGGUGGCAGCAACGAUUUAUUGAGUUUGGAACCACCGUCUGAUUUAAAACCUGCUGUUUCACCUAUUUCCGACACCAGUGCAACUUUACAGUCAGACAACAAUGACACAUUUACUGGUGUUGAUCCGCGUCUUAUACUCGGUGGUGUCAGUGGCGAUCGUAACACGUGGGAAGGUCGAUAUCGCUUAAAAGAACAUCGACGCGCCGGAAAAGCAACAUUUCAGGGCCAAGUUUACAACUUUUUGGAACGUCCCACUGGCUGGAAGUGCUUCCUGUACCACUUUUCUGUGUAA